AUGGACGAGGUUGAUUUCCGUCUCCUGUUAACAACAUGGGCUAUUCUUUCUCUACCCAAUCUGAAGAUAAUGCAAUCAAAUGACCAAAUUAGAGAAUUGCAGACUAUCAUCCGAAACAAGAACACUUCACGUAAUGACUUUGUCUUUUAUGCUGAUCGGCUUAUACGUUUAGUUGUUGAAGAAGGGUUAAAUUGUUUACCUACUUCUGUUUGGUCAGUGACCACACCCACUGGUUUACAAUAUGAUGGAGUGAAAAUGAGUAAAAUGAGCUGCGUGAGUAUUGUGAGAAGUGGUGAAGCAAUGGAAAAUGGUCUUCGUGCUUGUUUUCGAUCAAUUCGUAUUGGCAAGAUCCUUAUCAGACAGGACCCAGAUACAAAGGAAGCUAGAGUCUAUUAUGCUAAAUUCCCCCCAUCCAUUGAAAAAAGAACUAUUCUUCUAUUGUAUCCUGUUUUAGAAACAGGCGCCACUGUAAAAGCUGCUAUUGAAGUUCUCAAAGAACAUGGCGUUCAAGAGGAUAAUAUUGUAUUUGUGAACCUCUUUUCAUCAUACAACGGCACUCAAGUUCUUUUGUCAAAGUUUCCUAACAUUACUAUGCUAACAUCUGAAGUGCACGAAUUUUGUCCUAAUCAUUUCGGACAAAAAUAUUUUGGAGCAGAUUAA